UUCAUGCUGGCUGGAGUCCUGACUGGAGUCGCAGCUAAUUCACAGUUGCGAAGCGGGGAAAGAAAUAUUUGGGAACAGAUGAACCAAGAGUUUUGGGAUAACAUUUGGAUAACCUGACUGCAACAAAGAAUAAGGAAUGGCUUGUCUGAUGGCAGCCUUUUCAGUUAACAACACUGCAGUCACGAACUCCAUCAUAAUGAAUACUAAUGGGCCUCCCGAUCUCAUGCUGGACCCCAGAACUGUAUGCGUGUCGAUUGAUGAAGUGAUUGCCAGCACAGUAGGCACUCAGAAGACGCCAUUACUGCACGGACACUUAAAAAAGGUGGAGAACAGCCUAACUGAGGCGCAGCGGUUUUCUUACUUGCCAAGGCGGCCCGCCGUAAACAUCGAAUUCAAAGACCUGUCCUACUCCGUCCCAGAGGGACCAUGGUGGAGAAAAAAAGGUUACAAAACCCUGCUGAAAGGGAUCUCUGGGAACUUCAACAGCGGGGGCCUGGUGGCCAUCAUGGGUCCCUCCGGAGCCGGAAAGUCUACCCUCAUGAACAUCUUGGCUGGUUAUCGAGAGACCGGAAUGAAAGGGGAGAUCCUGAUCAAUGGACACCCCCGUCACCUUCGCUCCUUCCGGAAGGUGUCAUGUUACAUCAUGCAGGAUGACAUGCUCCUCCCACACCUGACAGUGCAGGAGGCCAUGAUGGUGUCAGCCAACCUUAAACUGCAGGAGAAGGAAGAGGGCCGGAGGGAGAUGGUGAGGGAGAUCCUGACCGCACUCGGACUGCUGGAGUGCGCCAAAACCCGCACUGCCAACCUUUCAGGGGGGCAGAGGAAACGACUGGCCAUCGCCCUGGAACUGGUCAACAACCCCCCGGUCAUGUUCUUCGAUGAGCCCACAAGUGGUUUGGACAGCUCCUCCUGCUUCCAGGUGGUCUCCCUCAUGAAGGCUCUGGCCCAAGGUGGGAGGACCAUCAUCUGCACCAUUCACCAGCCCAGUGCAAAGCUCUUUGAGCUCUUCGACAAGCUCUACGUCCUGAGCCAGGGACAGUGCAUCUAUCGGGGGAAGGUGUCUAAUCUCGUCCCGUACCUCAGGGAACUUGGACUCAACUGUCCCACAUACCACAACCCUGCAGACUUUGUGAUGGAGGUGGCAUCAGGAGAGUAUGGCGACCAGACGGCCAGGCUGGUGAAGGCCGUGCAGGAAAUGAAAUGUGAGAAGGACUACAAGACAGAGGCCCACAGAGACGGGCCCCUCAGCCCUUUCCUGUGGCACAAACCCUCAGAGGAGGACUGCUCUUCUACAGACGGCUGCCACAGCUUCUCUGCCAGCUGCAUGACUCAGUUCAGCAUCCUGUUCAAAAGGACUUUUCUCAGCAUCAUGAGGGAUUCGGUCCUGACUCACUUGCGCAUCAUGUCUCACAUUGGGAUCGGCAUCCUGAUCGGACUCCUCUACCUGGGAAUUGGCAACGAGGCCAAGAAGGUGCUCAGCAAUUCUGGCUUCUUGUUCUUCUCCAUGCUGUUCCUCAUGUUCGCCGCCCUCAUGCCCACUGUGCUAACAUUUCCCCUGGAGAUGGGCGUGUUCCUGAGAGAGCACCUGAACUACUGGUACAGCCUGAAGGCUUACUAUCUGGCCAAGACCAUGGCUGAUGUUCCCUUCCAGGUCGUGUUCCCCGUAGCGUACUGCAGCAUCGUGUACUGGAUGACCUCACAGCCCCCCGAGGCUGUCCGCUUCCUCCUCUUCAUGGCUCUGGGGGUCAUGACCUCGCUAGUAGCCCAGUCUCUGGGGCUGCUGAUUGGAGCAGCAUCCACUUCGUUGCAGGUGGCAACGUUUGUUGGUCCUGUGACAGCCAUUCCUGUGCUCCUGUUUUCUGGCUUUUUUGUCAGUUUUGACACCAUACCCAAAUACCUCCAAUGGAUAUCCUACAUCUCCUAUGUCAGGUACGGGUUUGAGGGUGUCAUCCUGUCCAUCUACGGGCUGGACCGCGAGGACCUCCACUGCGACAAAGGUGACACGUGUCACUUCCAGAAGUCAGAGGCCAUCCUCAGGGAGCUGGAUGUGGAGAAUGCCAAAUUGUACAUGGACUUCCUGGUGCUCGGCAUCUUCUUUAUCUCGCUCCGCCUCAUAGCCUACUUUGUCCUGCGCUACAAGAUCAGUGCCCAGAGGUAGACUGGCCAAAGAGGACAGGGAGCCAUCGUGGAUUCUUGGCAGCGGAGGCCCAGCGUUCUACAGG